GCUGCAAAGCGUCACUAACAGUGGACACGUCUCUCUCCUCUCCCGGUGACUAACCCUCACAACAUAAUUAUUAAUAGUCCGGUGACUGAUGGUCGGUUUUCGUGCAGGGUGUGCGCUUGUUUUCCGUGUGGUGACCAGAGGACUCAGAGGAGGCUGUCAGUGGCGAUGAAUAGCGAUGAAAACAGCGAAAAUAGUUUGCUUUGCUACAUUGAACACCUCUGUUGCUACAAGCGUUGCUGGACUCCGGACUCUUGUUUUUUUUAAAUGCUUUUUUGGGGGGGAUUAAAAUGGAAAGAGGACGGCGCUAAAACAACACAAUUAACCUGUUAAUAAUACUAACAUAUAGUUUUUUUAUUAGGGGUUUAUUUCAGCUUCUUUUCUUUAUUUAACUCGAGUUGAAAAGAUGUUGACUGGAUCUAAAACCACGUUCAAAGUCAGACAAAUGCUCCCAGAUAUCAAGGAGAGGAUGCUGAGUCAGAGCGGGACGAACGCAAGGAGUCGAGAUGUGUUCGGACUACGCUGCCUACCAGGCGAGUGUGUGCUUCAAAGGGCCGUUAUGGUGAGGAAGAAGUUGACUGCAAGGGAAGGAAGAGGAUGGCUGUCUGGGACACUCUUUUGUACUCACUUCAGAGUCGCCUUUGUACCCCAGGACAGUCCCAAACCUGAUGACAAUGCAGAUCCAGUGCUUUUAGGAGAUCAUGAUGUGGCUUUGGCGUCCAUAGAGAAGGUUGUGGUUGUGGGGCCAAACAGGACCAAGCUGGUGACCCCAAACUCCUCGCUGAAGUUCACACCAGAGGAGCUUGUGCUUUACUGCAGGGACCUGCGAGUCAUCUGCUUCCUGUUUGACCGCCUCACUCCUGACGCACAAGUCAUAGAGAUGACCUACACCAUCGCCAAGACCUACCAGCCUCUCAAACCAGGCUCAGUUUUGUCUUUCCAGAACGCCGCCCUCGGGAGUGUAGAAAUGAAGCAGUUUCUAAGCAACCGCCGCAGAGACGCCCACAUGAACUGGUUUGAAUCCGUCUCAGACUGGGAGCAAGAGGUGGAGAGGUGUGGAGCCACCGGCUGGAGAGUCAGCUCGGUGAACGACCGCUUCGAGAUGUCCACAAGCCUGCCCAGGUUCAUCGUGUUUCCACAAAAGGUUUUAGACACUGAGCUGAAGAAAAGCUUCGCCCAUUUCAACGAGGGACGCAUCCCACGCUGGUGUUGGCGACACCCUAGAGGCAGCGAUCUAAUGCGAAUGGCCAGCUUCCAGAAUAACAUCUACCAUGAGAAAGACGACAUCAGAAACCUGGAGCUGAUCCUGUUUGGUAGUCAGUCCUCUCUGUGUGUGGUGGUGGAGCUCGGAGAGGAACUGCCCUCACCUGCUGACAUCCAGCUGGCACACAGCCGUCUGCGCGCCCUCUGUCUGGGAGAUAUCUCCACAUCUGUGACUGUGCCUGAUGACAAAUGGUUAUCCACCCUGGAAGGCACCCACUGGCUAGACUACACCAGGUCCUGUCUGAAGAAAGCUUCAGAGGUGGCCUGUCUCCUUCGUGGUGGUCACCUGACCGUGGCACUGCAAGAAUCGGAUGACCGUGACAUGGGCUGCAUGGUGUCCAGCUUGGUGCAGGUGAUGUGUGACCCCCACUGUCGGACCCAGCGUGGCUUCCAGAGCUUGGUGCAGAAGGAGUGGGUGAUGGCCGGCCACCGCUUUUACAGCCGCGUCAACUAUCACCGCGACAACGACAAGGAAGAGGCUCCAGUCUUCCUGCUUUUCCUGGACUGCGUUUGGCAGCUGUGGUCCCAGUAUCCCUCUCGCUUCCAGCUGACAGAUGACUUCCUGUUAGCUCUGCACGACAGCGUCCACCUGCCACUCUUCUCCAGCUUCCUGGCCAACUGCCAGCGGGAGAGAUGCAAACGCUCCCAGACCCUCGGGCAGUCCUACACUCCGGUCAAUGGCUGGAGAGAUGUCCUUCAUCCAGACUCCUCAGAUCCAUCUGACCCUCCUCUGCCCUCAGUUUGGGACUGGGCUCUACAGUACAGCAAGCAGAGACAAGUGCAUUUCACCCAACCUGUCCCCCCGAACCCUCCGCUGCAGCCUCUGCUCAACGGAAACCUCAACACCAACCCAGACACUCACAGACUGACUGACACCAUCCCCGGCUCGGUGUUCCUCCUCUCUCGAGGCACUUUCACCUGUCCUGCUAACCUGCUUCCCUGGCGCAGCGGCAGUUUGGGUGUUUACAAAAAGAGCCACCGGAGGGCGCCGUCCUCUGAAAACGUUCCCGGCUUGGAGAGGCUACUGAAAGCCUGGGCCCUGACUGAGCUUCCCCAGGGCCUCACUUCCUCCUCUGGACCUCAAGGACCACUUGACCCCUACGAGCCUUUACUGCCCCUCCUUAUGGGGCCUUGCAUGGGCCUGUGGAGGGAGUGCUACCUCCGAGGGGCGCUCCAUGCACAGGCAUUCUCACACCCCAUCUCUGCCAACCACCCCCACCCUGUGGAGCGACUAGCCCGUGAGGUGCAGCAGCUCAAAGACAAGCUAGAACAAGUGUCCUCCACCACCAACACCACCACCAGCACGGAUCCUCACCCACCCAUCAGGACAGCUGAGCCCCGGCGGACCGACACCAACAUGAACCAGAACACCAACAACGGCACUUUCCUCUUCCCAGCGUCGAGGCCUCAGAGCGCGGGUGCGAGCAGAGCGGCGGCCCCCUCUAACUCCACCAACUACCAGACUUCAAGGGGUCCUGUGCCCGCCUCAGCCCCACCAUCCAGGCCCAGCCACAAAGAUAACGGUGGAAGCAACAAACACACCUUCCUCUUUGGGCACUCGUCAGUAACAGAGGCCCGUCCUGACCAGCGCUACUAUCCUGCACCUAAUAAUGCCAAGCUGCCUAAGAGCAACGGAUCCUCAAUAGCCUCCUGAGGUCUGAUACAGACCCUCCCAACCCAUGAUGGGUACUAUAACCAAAUCACCUGCCUGCACAUUAUAAAACAGACCGUUCUCUGGCUGGCUUCAUGUACUGAGGAGACCCAGACGUGUUUCCUGUCAUUUGAUUAUUGACUAUAACAUGAUAAGCAAAAUGAGACACAUUUGGGUGCAGCACAGUAAACUUACUGCAGUAGUAUCAAAUAAUCAGUGCAAGAGCCCUCGACUCUGUUACAUAUCAUCAGUACUGUAUUUUUAAAAAAAUGUGACAACUGUUUUGUAUAUUUGUAAAUGUAACAAACUCCUGAUUUAUUCAAUAUUUCCUCUAAAGAAAUGUAUCUUAGUGCAGUGAAGCAAAGACUUAAAAAGAAUAAGGGCUUCAGAAUGAAAGCUUUAGAGCACAUCUUGCAAUAUCUUAAAAAACGCAGUCGAAACUGUCAUGACACAUUUUUUCUAAGUGUCAUGACACUCUUCAUGAAAAGCUUGUAUAGUCCAUUUUUAGCUUCUUAGAAGGCGUUCUUAUCCGAGUGACAGGGUAGGAUGUAGAUAAUGGUGUCAUGCUUUAAGGGCACUUAGACAAGACACAAAGCAGUGAAUACACACAUCAGAGUCCAUUAUGUGACUGUUAGAUAUUUAAUAUGUGCAAAAAGACACAUUCAUUUCCUCAUUUUGGUAUCUGAGCUUCAUAAAAAGUAGAAUUUUGUUUAGUAAAUGAUAAUAUUCUUCUAAUGAUAAUCUUCAUUUUUGAGCUCCAGGCGUUGUGACCAGUGACUUAAAUGUGGAAUUUAGGGCAUGAGAGCUAUUUUGGUGCUGCUCUCAUAUCUCCUCAGUUGCAUGCAUGCUUGGGAGCAGCGAGAGGCCCAGAUUCAGCUCAGUGUUAGCCUCUAUGUGUCAGAAUAUGACCACUGAAUAUUAUUGUAGUAUAAUUCAUCUCCUGCAUGACUGAGAUCAUUUCAGGGCUUAAGUAAUAUAAUCUUAACUAAACGUUUAUCUUUCUCUCAUGUUAUUUUAUCGGUCAACUUCUGAUGUCAUACAUGAUGAUACAUGUUGAUAAAUGUGAUUUCUGUAGUUUUUGACCAAACUCUAGUUUUUGACCAAAUUUAGUAUUAUUUUGAAAAUGUCUCCAUCAUUUUUGUAAAAACACAGAUGUUAUUCUGCCUUUUGAUUAUUAUACCUUGAGAAGGUACCAGUGUUGGAAGCAAAGGGAAGCUUAUUUCUUCCUGUGUUUACUCUUUUUUUUCUUCUCCCUGGUGGUGUAUCAGUAUGCAGCCAGCAUUUAGGUCAAGGACUUGGAAGUGUCUGACUGCAUUUAAAGCACAGAGGGAAGCGUCUGGUCCUGUGCCUUUAAGUCCAGGUUGUUCGCAUGAUGUGGGUGUCAAGUAGAUGCACUGGCAUCAUUCCCACGGAUGAAUGAAUUUGCACCGAUUAUGUAUUUGAAAAAGCAUGUUUUUCUAGAUUUUUUUAUGGCGGUAUAACAGUUGACAGAUGUAUGCCUGAUGCUGACCGUCUCUUAUGUCAAACGGUACCUCACUUAAUAGCACUAUGAAUUAUUAAAUUGUUGUAAAUAUUCAUUACAUCAAUAUCAGCUACAAUUUCAGAGCUUUCCAGGUGUGAUGCCAAUGCAUUUGCUUGUCUUCCAUGGAAUAAAAAACAAGUUCAUCAUCGUCCUGUUGCAGCACGAAAGAUCAAAUCUGAUCUUCUGCUGCACCUCUUGGUCUGCUUCAUUGUAUAAUUUAAUGUUUUUGGUACGAUCUUUACUUCAAUUUGCCAGAUGUACAUAUUUUUUUUUGUAUCAGCAUGUUUUGAUCCUGAUAAAUAAAAAGUAUUAUC